GAGCACACGCCGGCUGGAGGGGACGGCGAGCGGGCGGGAGGCGGCAGGCAGCGCCGCGCCGCGCCGAGCCGAGCGAAGGAGGGACGCGCCGGGCACGGCCGCCACCAGCCCUCCCCAAUCCUCCGUCAUCCUCCCCGCCGCGGCCGCCUGGCCCCCUGACAGCCGGCGGAGCAGCAUCCCCACACGGCCCCCUUCCCGUCAGGCACGACUGAACCAUGGAGCUUCGAGUGGGAAACAAAUACCGGCUGGGCAGAAAGAUUGGUAGUGGUUCGUUUGGAGACAUUUACCUAGGAGCCAAUAUUGCGACUGGUGAAGAGGUGGCCAUCAAACUGGAAUGUGUCAAAACCAAGCAUCCUCAGCUCCACAUUGAAAGCAAGUUCUACAAGAUGAUGCAGGGAGGAGUGGGUAUCCCCUCCAUUAAGUGGUGUGGAGCAGAGGGAGACUACAAUGUGAUGGUGAUGGAACUCUUGGGGCCCAGCCUGGAAGAUCUCUUCAACUUCUGUUCCCGCAAAUUUAGUCUCAAGACAGUUCUGCUGCUGGCAGACCAGAUGAUUAGCCGUAUUGAGUAUAUUCAUUCCAAGAACUUCAUCCAUCGGGAUGUCAAGCCAGACAACUUCCUUAUGGGCCUUGGCAAAAAGGGCAACCUAGUAUAUAUCAUUGAUUUUGGUUUGGCCAAGAAGUACCGAGAUGCCCGGACCCACCAGCACAUCCCUUAUCGGGAAAACAAGAAUCUGACUGGCACAGCCCGUUAUGCCUCUAUCAACACCCACCUGGGAAUUGAACAAAGUCGCCGUGAUGACCUGGAGAGCCUGGGUUAUGUGCUCAUGUAUUUCAACCUGGGCUCGCUGCCCUGGCAGGGCCUCAAGGCUGCCACCAAGCGCCAAAAGUAUGAGAGGAUCAGCGAGAAAAAGAUGUCAACGCCCAUCGAGGUGCUGUGCAAAGGGUACCCUUCUGAGUUCUCAACAUACCUCAACUUCUGCCGUUCACUGAGGUUUGAUGAUAAACCUGACUACUCGUACCUGCGGCAACUCUUCCGCAACCUCUUCCACCGCCAAGGCUUCUCCUACGACUACGUCUUUGACUGGAACAUGCUUAAAUUUGGAGCAGCCCGGAACCCUGAGGAUAUGGAUCGGGAGCGGCGAGAGCACGAGCGAGAGGAGAGGAUGGGGCAACUCCGAGGGUCAGCCACGCGAGCGCUGCCCCCUGGCCCACCUGCUGGAGCCACUGCCAACCGUCUUCGCAAUGUCACCGAGCCCAUGGCCUCCACCCCCACCUCCCGAAUCCAGCAGUCCGGCAACACGUCCCCCAGAGCAAUCUCAAGAGUGGACAGGGAGCGGAAGGUCAGCAUGAGGUUACACCGAGGAGCUCCUGCCAACGUCUCCUCAUCUGACCUCACAGGGCGGCAAGAAGUGUCACGGAUUUCAGCAUCACAGACAAGUGUGCCAUUUGAUCACCUUGGGAAGUGAGGAGCAAUUGCCACUGGACCAGUGUUUGCUUAGAAUUUCUUUUUGCCAACGAUGAGGAGUCGAGCUGUGCCCCCGCGCUGGUGUGAGCCGUUUCCAGAGGGCCACCUGUCCCCGGCGUGAGCACCUCCAAGGAGCUGUCGACGUGGGAGCCGUGUGGGAACACCUGCACUGCCCCCCAGCCCCUACUGCUGCCCCCACUGGCUACCCUCAGUUCCCUCUCCUGACUCUGCUCCUGGUUUUGAUUUCUAUUUUUUUUUUUUUCUUGGAUAUCUUCUCCUGCUUUAAUUUUUUUUUUUAUAAUAUUGUUUUCAAAUCAUAUGGUUUCUAGCCAUAUAAAUUUAAACUUUGCUCUCCUUUUUUUCUGAGGGCAGGGGUUAGUGGUGGGUGGGUGAAGUAUUUUUUUGGUCUUUUUUUUUGAUUUUGUUCUUUUCAGGAGCCUUGUGGGCCAGGAGGGAAUCAGAUUCCAGCCACACUUGAUGGUAGAAGUCUGAUUUUUAUUACUAUAAUGGAAUUUAUUUUCUCAAGCAUUAAACACAUUUUAAGCUGUGAGGGGAAUUGUGGCAACAGCCUAAUCAUUGACUCGGGCUUCCUUUCCUUGGGUGGCUUCUCUGCAGUUUCUUUUCUGGCUGUUGGGAGAAGUGCCAGCCUUCCCUGUUCCAAGUGGUCCUCAGACGCCAAGGGAUCUCUUUGGAGAGACACCUGGUCCCAUGGAGGAUGGGAUUGUUGGAGCUGACAUACAGGGAGAAAUAUACUUCUCAUCCCUGCAGCGGGGUCUUUUUUUUUUUUUUUUUUUUUUUUUUGUCUGGCUGUGCGUGUUUUUCUAUUUUUAUUUUUUAAUUAAAACUUGUUUUAAUUCCUGCGGAGAGAGUGUGGGACUUGAGGAGAAGAGAGGGGCGCACAGAAACUGGAGUUUGGAGUUCUUUCAGAGCAAUGGUUCUUGCUCUCUCCUUUCCUCAUACAACCCCAAGUAAGAUCCACCAAUACAUGCACAAUCCCCUCCUGCCCUCUCCCACCUGUCUCCCCCCUCCUUUUCCCCCCCCACUUUAGUUGUUUUUAAAUAUAAUUUAGGAAUACUCAAGCUGCUUUGUGGCACUUGGGGCUUUGAAACACAAUGAUCACCACUGCGACCUAUGGCCUGUAGCAGACACACUGUCACUGUAGUGUGGUGCCGAUGGGUUGUUGGCAGGGCGGGGAGGGUGGGGUUAGUCUUUGUUUUGUUUGUUUUUACCCUUUCUAUUUAACACUUUAUUUUUCCUCCCUGUUUUUUUCCUAAUUUAUUUACCCCUCUUACUGUCUCUCUCUUUU